AUGCGAUCGAUUCACGGCGAAAGCAUCAGUGCCAAAGGUUGCCGCAAGCGCUGUGACGACUUGCACUCUGCAUUCCAACAGGACAGUGUUGCGUCCCUACGAGCGUCAAGGACAGAUGAGCAGUACGCGGAACGUGACCAGCUGCUACAGGAUCUCGCGGACAUGAUUGAAGCAGAACAAUGCAAAAGACGAGCGAACAAGGACGAUAAGAGCAAGAAGGAAGACCGUCGCGAGAUGGACGGACACGCUAUCUGUGACGCUGCUGCGGAAGGGUUGAAACGUAAGACUGUUGAAGAUUCCACGGACGAUGCGGACGAUGAAGGCGCCAAAAAGACUCAACUCAAGAAGGAGUUGCGCAGCUCUACUUCAACAUCAGUGAAGGAUUCGAAGAAUGCCUUGGCCAAGUUUGCGUCUUUGUCGUAA